GACAGUGAAUGUUGGAAACACUCAAGGGAGAAGAUAUGUCAAAUUGAGUCCCUGCCCUUUUGUAUGCAGAAAGCGGGGCAUUUCCACAACCGAAAGAUACACAUUGGAGUGGCUCUCAUCCACCGAACCAUAACUCAAACUGAUGCUUAACUGAACAACAACCCCAAAUAUCCACAGCAACAAUCAACAAACCCAAUACCGCUACACCUACCUCUGUCUACAAACCCAGAACCCGUUAUCUCAACGGCCACCCCCGAAACCCGCCCCUACGGACUGUAUACCUCGGACUUCUCAAAUUCGAAUUUCCCACCCUUAACUCACCACCUCAAACCUCAACUCCAAAAAGGAAGCAAAAAAGAAAGAAGCACAAUGUCAUCAUCCACCCAACCAAUCCCCCUCCACACCUCACCCACCCCACCCACAACAACACCACCACCCAACCCCCUCCCCACCCUCCUCCAAACCCCCUCCGGCCUCGCCCUCCUCGAGCUACAAGGCACCAUCAACCUACCCCCAACCACAACCUCACAAACCCCCGCAAUCCCCAUCGGCCGCCUCAUUUUCCCCGACUACAACCCCACCGAUACUAGCAAUAGUAGCGGGGACACGGCCUGGAUGAAGCGGGCGUGGCUGUUCAUCGGCGAGAACCAGCGCCUGCAGGGGGAGGUGAAGCGGCUGCCGAAGGCGGUGGCCGUGUUGAGGAGGCGGAGUAAUGGGGGGAGUGGUGGUGGGGUUGGGGUUGAAGGUGGGGAUGGGGAUGGGGAUGGGGAUGGGGAUGAUAAUGAGGGGGCGGAGGAGUUGGAGGUGGUGGAGGUGGUCAAGUUUAAGAUUGUGUUUUCGUUGAGGCCGGAGCCGGUGGGGAGUGAGAGUCUUGUUGCUUGA